CAAAAGAGUAUAGCAGCCGUCACAACCUCACAGGAGACGAUUACGAAGUCCAUUUCAGAAUAAUCGACGACUCCUUUCUUUUCUUCACAAUCUCAACUAAUUUCUCGAAAUCUUCCCUCCCAUCAAUCUAUAUCUCAUCCGAGGUUGUAUUUUGUAUCUUUAGGGUUGUGGGGCUAAACUUUCAUGGAGGGUACUGGAGGCGCUAAUGGUGCCUCAGCAGCGACUUUGGAUCAAUGGAGGCAGUUUUCAAGGCUUUUCCAGUUUUACCUAGAUAAAACUACUCCACAUGCGCUUUAUAGAUGGAUUGGGACAGCAAUCUUAGCAUUUCUCUUUAUGCUGCGUGUUUAUUACAUUCAAGGGUUCUACAUUAUUACUUAUGGUCUCGGAAUCUACAUACUCAAUUUGUUGAUUGGGUUUUUGUCACCGCUGGUUGACCCUGAAGUGGACCCGACUGAUGGUCCCAUGCUACCUACAAAAGGCUCAGAUGAGUUCAAGCCCUUCAUUCGACGCCUACCCGAAUUUAAGUUCUGGUAUGCUGUCACAAAGGCUUUCGUCAUAUCGUUUCUGAUGACCUUCUUCUCCAUGUUCGAUGUCCCUGUGUUUUGGCCAAUACUACUUUGUUACUGGUUUGUGCUGUUCACCCUGACUAUGAAGCGCCAAAUCAUGCAUAUGAUCAAAUACAAAUAUGUCCCAUUCAGCAUCGGAAAACAGAAAUACAGUGGUAAGAAAUCAUCUUCAGCGGGGAGCAGCAAUGGCGGGUCUCGAGCAGACUGAUGAUGGUAUUAUCAAAAAAUGGAGUCGUUAAAUUUGAACAUUUAAUGCCAUAUUGGAUGUAAAACAGAUGGAGUGACGACGUUUUUAGUUGUGUCGAUUUGAUGGUGUUUCGAAAAUUUCUUGUCUAGUAACAAAUUCUUUUACCGCUAAUAUUAACUCCCGAUACAUGUUUGAUGAGAUUGUACGUCUUUAAUUUAUGUAAUUUAUUUAUAUCAUCACUAUAAACAUAUGAUUGAUAAAUCUGUAUGUAUAUAUUUGAGUA